AUGAUUGUGUACUCCACCAUGACACGUACUUUCCAGCAGACACCGAUCGUGCGAGGUCGCGGCCUCAUUUCCAACGUAAUAGAAAAUCUCCCUUUCGAAGCCCACAUCCCAGGUUACAAUUUCUGUGGCCCGUCAACCAAACUGCAAAAGCGUCUUCAACGAGGAGAUGUUGGUAUAAAUCCACUUGACGAAUUUUGCAAACAACAGACAUUUUCUAUUCUCAGCAGAAAGAUCUCACUGCGCGUCAACAAGCGGACAAACUUUUGGCUGAUCAAGCUAUACAGCGAGCCUUCGCAUCCGACAGCUCUUUUGGAGAACGAAUGGCAGCUUUGGGAGUUGCUGGAGCAAUGA